CUGAAGUACUCUCAGCUUUUCAUCACAGGAGCCGUCGUGUUGGCGAGAUUGGGUUGGGAGAGUAACAUACACCGAGACGCACUUGAGCAUUCCAUAAAGAAGAACGAAGAUUUCCCUCCUCCUCGGAGUUCAUCGCCCUUCCAGCCGCCUCAGAUUGUAGUCAGGUCUCCGCGUAGCAGAAGUAGCACUGAAGUUCGGCCUCUGACUCCUUCUCGACGACGAUCAAGCAGUUCUGGCUUGUCAAAGUCAUCUGAGUCAGUGGCACGAACACCCAUAGCCGUGCCAAAGCUGCGUAGAACAAAGAGCUCUACCGCAUUAUUUAUAUAUACUGAACCGAGACGGAUAUCGCAUCGUGAAAGUGAAGAGCUCCAACCCCGGCAUGAGCGCGCUGUGACGGGCGAUUCCGUUUUCACUAGUGGUCUUGGUUCCCUCAGUGAAGAAUCUGCUACAGAAGUUGUUGGACGAAAACCAACUGUGACACUGGAUUGCAUGGUUGGUGAAUGGGAGUCGCGGCCAAGAACUUCUACCAUUGUCUAUUGUCUGAAUCAAGGUCUAGUCGCAACAAAGACUAAUCUGGUCAUGCAGGGAACGGUGAGUAUACAGGUCUAA